AUGGGAGGAGACCCGAUGGAUCAUCAUCAGCAGCGAAUCUCCGCCACGAAAUCAGACGGCGUGGAAGCGUCGGACGGUGUGGGCCAGGGGAAGCUGUACUCUCCACACCACGCGAUCAAAAUCGCUACGAAACCCGACGAAAACGUGGGCCAGGGUCUACUUUAUUCUCCUGACCACGCGAUCAAAAUCGCCACUAGUCCUAAGAAAAUCUCAGAGGAAGAGGAGAGGAAGAUGCUGGGGUUGAAGAAUCUUGCGUCGGUUAAGGAUAGGGUACUUGAGAAACUAGCGGCUGCUUCGGUUCCGUCGGAAUCGCUGGAAAACGCUAGACAGUUUUUGGAAGGCAUGGUUAAGGAUUUCGCCGGAGCGGCGCAGGGGAUGACGAAAGACGCGUUGCACCGGAUUAAAACCCAUCUGGCUGUCAUUUUUCCGUCUCUCUCUCCUGCCGUCACCGGAAAGAUGGUGGACGAUGCGGAGAAGGAAGCCAUUAAAGGAGAGGAAGAAGAUGAGAGAAAGUCAAAAGAAAGCUCCGGUGACGAAUUCGCCGGGAAGUUGCCGUAUGUGUCACCUACGUCUUCAUUUUUCGGCUCUCUCGCCAAACCUUUCUCAAAGCUUUGA